AAACACGUUUCUCCUUCCCCAUACGCUAUCAAUUUCAAGCUCACUGCAAUUGAUCGUGUUUUUUCGAUAAGAGUUUUAAAAGUACAUUUAAUGCACGAUACGGGAGUUCGGCUCAAGCGCGAAAGUUUGCAGCACCCUAAACAUUUCGAGCAUUGUGGUGAACAAGGCCACCGGCGUCGAACUCUCCUACCUUGACAGUGGCGCACCAGCUCAAUCGUGUUACACCACGGUUUUCGCUAUUCAUGGGAUGGUAUUUACGAACGCUAUAUUUGAAAAAGUCAUCGACCUGGCUGUCUCUAGUGGUGUUCGCUUCGUAGCCAUCAACCGUCGCGCUUUCCCCGGGUCUACACCAUACACCGCUCUAGAACUCGACCUCGUCUACCGACAGAAUUCUUCAGAGACCGAAAAGGACGCGUUUAUGGAAGAAAGAGGACAUGAGAUCCUCAAAUUCAUCGACAGUUUUAUACAAGAGCACGAACUCCCGCCUCUUUCAACCGAUGGAGUUCACGGUGGCGUCUCGAUAUUGGGAUGGUCGAUUGGGGCUAGCCAUGCUGCGGCUGCUGUUGCUAGCUCCUGUACACUUUCCGGUGACAUUCGUGCUCGGUUGGGCCCGCACUUACGGUCACUCAUUUUCUACGAAGCCGCACCUAUGAUACUAGGACUACCACCCCCUUCACAAUCAUGGUUACCGCUGACAGACGAGUCUAUCCCUCCCGCGUCAAGACUACGCGCCUUCAGUCAAUGGGCUACCUCAUAUUUCGACCACGGUGAUCUCUCGACCCGCGAUCUCGAGAAACUUUCUUGGGUUGUGGCGUCACCGGAUGCUGUUCCUACAUUCUUCACGUUUGGAUCCGAAACGCUCAAAAGGUUAACGACGUUCGACGAUACUGCUGCUGGUGUGGAUGUCCCGUAUACCUAUUAUUUCACGAAUCAAUUGUCUUGGUGCUACCACAAGGCCUUUUUUGGCAAGGAGAUAGCGACAAUCUUUCCUCAUAUGAGAAGAUCGUGUAUAUGCGGCGAGAAAACGGGUGCCUUGGGGAUUGCUGGUCUUUGGGCAAUCCAGGACGAUGAGACAACCUUCGGUGGAUGGACCAAUAUCACCUACAAGUUGGUACCGGGAAUCAAUCAUUUCGUUCAUUGGGCAGACCCAGAAAAGGCACUCCAGGUUUUGAUGGAAUUGAUGUGA